AAUAAAUCCCUGCUGAUUUAUUUUUUGUUUUGGCGAUUGACAAUAAAUUGAAUUCUUCCCAUUAAAAACUCCUCCCAGUUAAUUAAUUACUUAAUAAUUACCACUGGUUUUUUGCAAUGGAGUCGUAUGGCGUCCUUCCUGCCGACAAGUUGAAGAUUUGGACCAUCUUUCGGAACGUGGGAGUGGAAGGAGAGGAAAUUUUGAAGAGGGCGAAAUUGGUCCACGUCCACGACAAGGAGGGAUUCGUCGUCACCAAGACGGACGAAACUUACCACUUCAUCCAUGGCGGUUUAGGUGAUGCGAAAAUUGACAGAAUUCCUGAAUUGUGCAGGGUUCGAGUGAAAGAAUUCAUCAUUGGAGCAAUUAACCUCGCAAUUACGGAGGACGGCCGCCUCUACUCGUGGUGCAGUGAACUCCGCUCAGCCGAUACGCCAAUUGAAGAGCAAACUGAGCAGUUAGGACGCUCCGCUUCGGGGGAUGGUGUAUAUACCCCCACACAAGUGCAGUGUGGUGCGGCCAUACAUAAAAUUCGGCAGGUCGCAUUACUAGGGAUAGGGGAGGGGCGUGUCUUGGCGUUAACGGUGCUUGGCGAUGUCUAUCACUGGGCGACAGUGAGGUACAAACCAACGCCGAUUGACAAGAGACAAUCGAAUGGAAGGAAAGUUAUCUCGGUGGGGUGCUGUGCUGCGGCGUAUUUCGCUCUCAGUGAAUCCGGAGAGAUAUUUCGAAUUGGACCGCAAGCACUGGAGCAACUAGAAGUUAACGUGGGUGGCAUCCCAGUUAAGAAGAUUGCUACCACACAAACAACAAUUUGCGCUUUGACUUUAGAUGGUAAAGUGCACUCGUGGAGGCUUCAAGGUUCUUGGGGGCAAAUAGAACAGAUGAGGAUUCCACUGGUUGCUCAUUUCAAGGACGUCCAGGACAUUAAAACUUGUUGGAUGGAAGACGUUUGUAUUGUCGAGGUGAAGGGUAACUUACGUUUUGCUUGUUAUCUGGGAAUUCGGAUGGAUGUGAUUGUCCCGUACUCGUCCGUUCCGAUGGAGGAAUGUAUUGCCCAAAUAGGCCAAAAGAGCUACCGGACUAUGAUUGUGGGGCCAAUUAAAGAAGCGACGAAACGCACGUUAGGUGACAGUUUAUGGAGGAAUAAGAAAAGUAUGGACGUUACAUUUUCCUUGGAAGGGAAAAUGAUUUCAGCGCAUAAAUUGGUGCUCACGUGUGGAAGUGAAUAUUUUGCAAAAAUGUUUAGCGGCGAGUGGGUAGAGAAGAAAGGAUCCGUGAUUGAAAUCAAGGACACGAAGUAUGAAACAUUUGAAGCUAUACUGUUCCACAUUUACCACGACAAGGUCUCCUUUUUCGUGGACGAGAAUGAAAAUAUUUGUGAUCUGAUGAAGUUGGCGGAUUGUUAUUGCGAGGUGAAAAUUCGGCGUGAAUGUGAAGAGAUUCUUAUGCGGAAUAUCAACGACAAAAAUGCAUUCCUUUUGCUUCAAAAUGCCGCCGCAGCAAACGUUUUGGAAUUAGAGAAGAAUGCGACAAAAUUCAUUCUGGACAAUCGCCUCCUCGAUGUACAAUUAGCCUCGUCGGCAGGUGACUUGGUCAAUUUCUUGGGUAGGGAAAUAUUCGACAAGUUGGCGCUGGCCGCAUUUCGCCGAUAGUUUGGUAUUUAGCGUGUUCAUUCAGGAAUAAUUAUUUUCGUUCAUGUAUUACUUAAGAAUCCACUUAUUUGAUAAAUUACAUGGUUCACAUAAAUAAACAAUGUGAUAACAGCUUCAUGUUGAGUCUCAAA